CAAAACAAACUUGUGCCAAUAAUAGUGGUUCCGACCAUAUCUGGAUUUAAUUUAUUUUAUUUUAACAACUAGCUACCAAAAGCUAGCGUGAGGGAUUUAUUUAAAAUGUCUAUUCCAGAUUUAGCGGCACAAAUAGUUAACAAAACUUUGAAUCAAAUAAGCGAAGACACUGCUCGAACUAUCAUUAUUGUUGGAAGUAAAUCUGUGGGGAAAUCAAGUUUAUUACACAGCUUCCUUGAAAAAUCCGAUAGGCCUCGAGAAACAUUAGUUUUAGAAUAUUCUUUCGGAAGAAAAUCAUCUCAAAAGCAGGGAAUCGAGAAGAUCAUAUGUCAUGUGUGGGAGUAUGGCGGAAGAUUGGAAAUGCUAAGAAAUGUUUUAGUAUCAAUUCCAGUAACUGGAAGAUUUUUUUUGUGUAUCAUGGUUGAUUUAAGUAAGAUUAAAACAGUUUGGAAUACCUUAGAAACAUGCAUUCAAAUAGUAAGCGACAGUUAUAUAAAUUCACUUCCAGAAUUAAUUAUAAUUGGAGGUAAAUACGACGUUUAUAAAAAUUACGAUGGUGAUAUGAAAAAAAAUAUUUCUACAACAUUGAGGAGCAUGGCUGUGCUUUACAACGCACAUUUAUUAUUUUAUACAAAUAAAGAGCCCCAAUUAGUGAGAAAGGCUAAGGAAGUAUUCUACAAUAUUGGAUUUGGUAAUGGCAUUCCAUUUCGAGAAAAAAAUACAAACUAUACAAAACCUUUGAUGAUACCAAGAGGAUCAGACAACUGGGACAGUAUCGGAGUUCCAUCAUCUACUUUAGAACAGAUAAAAAUGCGUCAUUUAUCUCGAAUUCCCUCAGAAGGAGAAAUGAAACAGGAAGUUAAAGGAUUACAACGGAGUCAUCCUGAACCUGCCCUAGAUUCACUAGUUGCUCUCAAGUAUGAAGAACUGCAUAAUUUGGAGACAUUCGAUCCGUCAAUUGAUGAAUAUCUAAUGUUACUGUAAUAGGGUUUUGUGGAAAAUGUUAUCUAUACUU